AUGCUUGUACAUAAUGCACUUGACAUGACAUUUUCAAUUCUCGCAAUGAGUAUAUACGAAGACUAUAAUGCGACUAGCAACAGUUAUGAUGGCAAUCGUCAGCCGCUUGGUGCUGAUGUGGUUGCAGGAAUGAUUCAAGUGCACUGCAAAAGACCGCUCAAGAAUAUUCACCUUCUGGAUGCCGGAUGCGGGACGGGAAAUUAUGCCAAAGCUCUGAUUGGUUAUGGUGUUGGCAAGGUUACGUUGUUGGAUGCGUCCAGUGGAAUGCUUGAAAAGGCAAGGGUAAAACUAGCUGAAGCUAUAGCUGACAAUACUGUGGUAGACACCAUCGAGUAUAAGCUACCAAAGAUACCAUUUGAUGAUGACACAUUCGAUGUCGUUCUAUUUAGUGUCGUCUUGCAUCAUUUGAACCCUGGUACUGGGAAAGAUGAUGACCAGCAUUUCGGAGAACUUGAGCUUGCAAUAGCCGAAGCACGACGAGUUGUGCGUCAAGAUGGAAUUGUAAUUAUCAUUGCAUCAACUGCGGACGACAUACUUAACACCUGGUAUUACCACAUUAAUAAAGGAAUAACGGAAAGAUUUGUCAAGAAGUUUGCCUCUGUUCACCGUUACCUUGAUAUUUUUAAACGUGUUGGUGUUAAAUGUAUUCAAAAGAUGAGGCUUCUGGGUUCUGUUCUGGUAGAUUAUUUAAACCCAGAAGGGCCAUUCGACAAAACUUGGCGGGAUAGCGAUUCUUAUUGGGCAAUCGCAAAUGAAAAUGAAGUAAGUGAUGUGAAGCAGAAGUUGCGCGAGUUAAAAGACAAAG